UAUUUCUUAUCCUACUUCCUAUAAAACAAAAACCAACACACGCACCCGCAACCCUUCCAGGGAGAAACCAGCUAAAUACAUUUCACGAACCACUAACGGGUCGUUAGAGACAGAUUGAAGACCGCUUCUCUGGCAUUUGUCUGUCGCGGCUGUUUCCGUCAGAGCUCUUCCGAAAUGCGGCGCUUUUAGCUAGGAAGGCAGCGAUCUGCAGAUAAGUCAUUGGGCAGCACUACCAUUUCGCCCCUGGAGGGAGAAGGGAGAGAGCCAGCUUUCCUCCCUGGAAGUAGCCUGGCACUAACCUACAGCUCCGACUCGGUGAAUGAUUCAGUAUUCGACCCAUUUCCUGCCCUCCAGUUUCCUUGAAGUGUCCCGCCCCCUUCAUCUUUUCAAGCCGAAUUUAACUUCUCCCCUGCGAAGUGGGCAGAGCGCCGAAUUAUCGAUGCUUCCUCCACGCCCCGGGAGCCGCCAUUUUUGGGGGAGGAGAAACACAUGUAGGGGCUGUAGAAGAUCAACGAGAUGUUGACUGGUUUUUGCUUCUCUUUCCAGCAGGGUGGGGCAGGUUCAGGAGAAUCCACCGGGGCCGUUCCUCCCGCUGCCUCUCCGGAAUGAGGCCUCAGUGCCCAAACGGGACAUCUCCUCUUCUCCGAGAGAGCCUAAGAAGAGGCUGAAGCCGAGACGAUGCCCGGGAAGCUGAAGGUGAAAAUCGUGGCCGGGCGCCAUUUGCCAGUGAUGGACCGAGCUAGUGACCUGACUGAUGCCUUCGUGGAGGUUAAAUUUGGUAAUACCACCUUUAAAACAGAUGUGUAUCAUAAGUCACUUAACCCUCAAUGGAACUCAGAAUGGUUUAAAUUUGAGGUGGAUGAUGAAGAUUUACAAGAUGAACCUCUACAGAUCACAGUCCUUGACCAUGAUACUUACAGUGCAAAUGAUGCCAUUGGUAAAGUGUACAUUGAUAUUGAUCCUUUACUGUAUAGUGAAGCUGCAACAGUCAUCUCAGGAUGGUUUCCAAUUUAUGACACUAUACAUGGUAUUCGUGGGGAAAUCAAUGUAGUUGUCAAAGUAGACCUCUUUAAUGAUUUAAACCGAUUUAGGCAGUCAUCAUGUGGAGUCAAAUUCUUUUGUACAACAUCUAUUCCAAAGUGCUAUAAAGCUGUGAUAAUUCAUGGAUUUGUAGAAGAACUUGUGGUCAAUGAAGACCCAGAAUAUCAAUGGAUUGAUAGAAUUCGCACACCAAGGGCAUCAAAUGAGGCCAGACAGAGACUUAUUUCUUUAAUGUCAGGUGAACUGCAAAGGAAGAUUGGUCUGAAAGUACUUGAAAUGAGAGGAAAUGCAGUUGUUGGGUACUUACAGUGUUUUGAUCUGGAGGGCGAGUCUGGGUUAGUGGUACGAGCCAUAGGAACAGCGUGUACCCUGGAUAAACUAAGUAGCCCAGCAGCAUUCCUUCCUGCAUGUAAUUCCCCAUCCAAAGAAAUGAAGGAGAUUCCCUUCAGUGAAGAUCCCAAUCCCAAUACUCACUCAUCAGGACCCUCAACCCCUCUGAAAAACCAAACUUAUUCCUUUUCACCUUCCAAGUCCUACAGUCGACAGUCCUCUUCUUCUGACACAGAUUUGAGUUUGACACCCAAAACGGGAAUGGGAAGUGGUAGUGCUGGAAAAGAAGGGGGGCCAUUUAAAGCUCUUUUAAGACAACAGACUCAGUCAGCAUUGGAACAGAGGGAAUUUCCAUUUUUUACCUUGACGGCAUUUCCUCCUGGAUUUCUUGUACAUGUUGGAGGUGUUGUUAGUGCACGCUCUGUGAAGCUUCUAGAUCGUAUCCACAAUCCUGAUGAACCAGAAACUCGAGAUGCAUGGUGGGCAGAAAUCAGACAAGAAAUAAAAUCACAUGCGAAAGCAUUAGGCUGUCAUGCUGUAGUGGGCUACAGUGAAUCAACUAGCAUCUGCCAUAGUGGUACUUUAGAGUCUACUGUGAUUUUCUUAAGAAUCCCUUUUUUUUUUUGUAUUUAUAGGCUAGAAGAAAAUUUGCCUGCAGGCUGUGGAUUUUGCCACAUACCAUAUGAUGAACUGAAUAUGCCAUUUCCAGCUCAUCUGACAUAUUGCUAUAACUGUAGGAAACAAAAAGUUCCCGAUGUCCUCUUUACAACUAUAGAUCUUAAGAUGCUACCAAGAAUACAGUCCACUGAUUAAAUUAUUUUUCUUAACAGGUUAUGUCGCUUAAAAAAGAAAGCACAGGCAGAAGCAAAUGCUACAGCUAUCAGUAAUCUGUUACCAUUCAUGGAAUAUGAAGUACAUACUCAGCUAAUGAAUAAAUUAAAACUCAAAGGAAUGAAUGCUUUGUUUGGACUGAGAAUUCAAAUCUCAGUGGGUGAAAAUAUGUUGAUGGGCUUAGCAUUUCAGAUUGAUGACACAGACGCCAUGGAAGAUGUACACUCUCUACUUACUGAUGUUCCUCCACCUUCAGGCUUUUAUAGUUGCAAUACAGAAAUUAUGCCUGGUAUAAAUAAUUGGACAUCUGAAAUACAGAUGUUCACAUCGGUAAGAGUAACCAGAUUAAGCAACCUUAACCUGACUAAUCAAGCUCUUAAUAAGAACUUCAAUGAUCUCUGUGAAAGUUUGCUCAAGAAGAUAACUAAUAACUGGUUUAAGUAUUGUAGAACUACGUCUACAGACAAUGAAGAACUUCUGCAGUUUCCCUUGGAACUCUGUUCAGAUUUACUUCCUCCUCAUCCUUUCCCACCUGCUAAAGAACACCUGGAGAGUGCAAGUUCUAACUCAGGUAUACCAGCUGCACAGAGAGCAACGUCAGUUGAUUACAGUUCCUUUGCAGACAGAUGCAGCAGCUGGAUAGAGCUCAUUAAACUGAAAGCUCAGACCAUAAGGCGCGGAUCAAUUAAGACAACUGCAGCAGUUGAAAAAGCAAGUCCAAUGGGUGAAGGAAAUUUCCGGAAUCGUUCUGCUCCAUCUUGUACCAGUUCCACAGUUGGGGAAGGAGGUGUCAGUGGUUUUCUCCAUGCUUUUAUUGCUGAAGUGUUUGCAAUGGUGAGAGCUCAUGUUGCUGCAUUAGGAGGGAAUGCUGUUGUCUCCUACAUAAUGAAGCAGUGUGUCUUCAUGGAGAAUCCAAAUAAAAACCAGGUGAGAUGCAGUUAAAAUCUCUGAUGGGAACCUGAGAAUUUUCCCCAGGGCCCUCCCCUGCCUAGAAAAAGGAGACUUGCUCUUUGGAGCUCUUUGAUUCUAGAUACUUUAAACAUGUUUAAUGAAUUUAUUAAUAACCGUGGUCAUGCAUAGCUCAGAUGCUGUUUUCACAUCCCAAGUGACUAAUUGUUAUUCUUAACUACUUUGGGAAAUUACUGAGUUACUGUUUCCACUAUCUUCUUUGCGGGUCUUUGGGAUACAGUGAUAGCUAACUGAGAAGAGAUAAUGAUGUUGCACCCCAGACUUCACAGUCUGGCAGAGUGUAGACCAUGAUGCUCUUCAGUUCUAGCUGGCAUGCUGGUGAAGAGUACCCCAUGAUGGGGCCACUGCUUGUUUAUUUCUAGUAAGUAAUAUUCU